CCAUGCUUUGCAUGCCAUCCAGAUCCUCAGACAGAUAUGAGUGGUGGAGAAAUAACUGCUAAUAACAGUUUCUUGCGAACUCCAUCAAACUGCUCUGCUACUGUACUUCCAUGGCGAGCUUCAGCUUCACCACCAGAAUCAGAACCCCUACGCUUCAAUCUCACAAACCCAUCUCCAAGUUCAUCUCUCGCACUAAACCCAUCAAAAUCCCAUCUAAUCUCUCCACCAAUCCUUCAAAAAACCGACCAAAGCUGCUCUGUCUUCGUGCAAAUUCUGUGUCAUCAGAAAGCUCAGUUUCAACAACACAAGAUCAAGUAGACGAAGCAAUUGAUGAAGAAGACGAUGACCCAACUGCUGAAAUGAGCUAUCUUGACCCGGAAACCGACCCGGAGAGCAUUUCGGAGUGGGAGCUCGAUUUCUGCUCCAGACCCAUUUUGGAUAUCAGGGGAAAGAAGGUUUGGGAACUUGUAGUUUGUGAUGAAUCUCUUUCUCUGCAGCACACCAAGUACUUCCCCAACAAUGUCAUCAACAGCAUUACUUUGAAGGAUGCUAUUGUGACCGUUAGUGAAGAAUUAGGGGUCCCUCUCCCAGAUAAAAUCCGCUACUUCCGGUCACAGAUGCAGACAAUUAUAACAAAAGCGUGCAACGAGCUUGGUAUAAAACCCAUUCCCAGUAAACGGUGUCUCUCGUUACUUUUAUGGUUGGAAGAACGCUACGAGACUGUAUACACACGCCAUCCUGGUUUCCAGAAAGGAUCUAAGCCACUCCUUGCAGUAGAUAACCCAUUCCCAAUGGAACUUCCAGAAAAUCUUGUUGGGGAGAAAUGGGCCUUUGUCCAAUUGCCCUUUUCAGCUGUUCAAGAGGAAAUCUCAUCCUUGGACUCAAACCUCGUGUUUGGUGCGAGUCUAGAUUUGGAUUUGUUGGGGAUUGAAAUUGAUGACAAGACAUUGAUUCCAGGAUUGGCUGUUGCAUCUUCACGCGCUAAACCUCUAGCAGCUUGGAUGAAUGGGUUGGAAGUUUGUUCAAUUGAAGCCGAUUUGUCACGGGCUCGCUUGAUUCUUUCUGUUGGAAUUUCUGGGCGAUAUAUUUAUGCUACCUACAACAAAACUCCUGAAACAACAAGUGAAGCUGAAGCUUGGGAAGCAGCAAAGAAGGAAUGUGGAGGUUUGCACUUCCUUGCAAUCCAGGGGGACUUGGAUUCGGAUGAUUGUGUUGGAUUUUGGCUUCUACUAGACUUGCCACCUCCACCUGUAUAGAGUAUCACAUAUGCAUCAUUCUAUUUCUAAGAAAAGCUGAAAACGGGAAAUCAAGCUCAUUAUCCGGGGUCUGUAUGUGGUGGUGGGUCUGAGGUUCGGGGUUCGACGUUUCGUGCAAACUUGGGUUCGGGUUUCCAAUCUGAUUCCCAGCAUCUGAACCACGGCUUCUUAAAUUUAAUUCAAUGUAUGAUGUUGAACCCUCAAAAGUUAUGAAAAAAAGCUCAAAACAAAACAUGGAUCUGGUAAGGGUGUGGAGCUGCAGCUUUUAGGCGAUGGGGUUGGUGUUGUUGCGGGAGGGAUGAAGGUGCUGGGGGAUGGUGGUCAGCGGAGAGUAGGGCCUGAGGGAGAGAGAGUUUUUUUUCUAAUUAAACAUAUUAAUUGAUUUUGUUGUUGUUGAGAGAGGUAGAGAGAGUUUUGUUUUUAAAAUGAAUGAAUUUUUUAAUAGGUUGUUGACCGAAUUGCUCAUCUACAAGACUACAACUAACAGAAGUUAAUUCUUUUUUUAUUUAUAGAAAUUGAGGAUUGUUAUUUUUAUUU